ACUCAUAGAGGAGUAGUGAACUUAUAAAAAGGCUGAGUCCAGUCCUGAUACAGACUGUGUCAGGACUGAGGACACAAAGUCGCAGACAGAGUGUUGAAUAUUGUGAGGGUAGGAAGCCAUUGGCAGAGGUGUUUUGUUUAUUUUUUUACCUCCUGAGGUAAUACAGGCACGAGAAGGCUUCUUUUCUUCAGUCAGUUUAUUUUUUUCAAAUGCUACGCUGUGGAUAUGCACUCUUCUGGCUGUUGGGGUCAGUGUUGUUGAUCUGCGUUGUGUCACCAGUGAAGGGUGAAGCUGUGGUAACACAUGAGGGGUCCCACCUGAAGCUGUCCAAAUCCAGUCACUCGAAUGAGUCUCAACAUGGCCACAGCUCCAAUGCCACAGGAAUACCCAUCAUUAGCUUUAAGUGGCACCAUGUGGAGACCUCUUAUUUAGUGGCUUUUUGGAUGAUUAAAGAAAAGAAGAAGUAUAUUUUGCCUCUUGCAAACAGAGAAGUCAUUGAGGCCAACCAUCAUGUCACCAGCGUCAUACCUGAGAGCGCCCUGCUCAUCUGUUUUGGCUUCAUUUUGGGUGGCAUGAUUUGGGCUGCAGACAAGGUGCAAACCUUCACACUGACCCCGACAGUCUUCUUCUUGUACCUGCUGCCUCAAGUCAUUCUGGAUGCAGGCUACCACAUGCCAAACAAGCUCUUCUUCACCAACCUGGGCGGAAUCUUGGUCCAUGCUGUCAUUGGGACCUGCUGGAAUGCCGCCAGCUUGGGGCUGUCACUGUGGGGGUGCCAAAUGGGAGGAGCCAUGGGCAUUUCCUGUACAGGUGACCUGGACAUCGGUCUGCUGCAGUAUCUUCUUUUCGGAAGUCUGAUGGCUGCUGUGGACCCCGUGGCCGUCAUCGCUGUGUUUGAGCAGGUCCACGUUAAUGACGUCCUCUUCAUCAUGGUGUUUGGAGAGUCGCUGCUCAACGACGGUGUAACAGUGGUGCUCUUCAAUGUGUUUGAUGCAUUUGUGUCACUGGGAGGACCUAAAAUUGAUGCUGCAGAAAUUAUCAAAGGAAUAGUUUCCUUUUUUGUGGUUGCAUUUGGUGGUUCCCUUGUGGGCCUUGGUUUUGGCCUACUAAUUUCACUUCUGACCAGAUGCACAAAAAACAUCCAGAUCAUCGAGCCAGGCUUCAUCUUUGUUUUGGGAUAUCUUUCCUACCUGACUGCCGAGAUGCUUUCUCUGUCUGCUAUCCUUUCGAUUGUCUUCUGUGGAAUGUGCUGUCAGAAGUACGUCAGAGCAAACAUGGAUGAGAAUUCUGUCCAAACGGUCAGAUACGCCAUGAAGGCUUUUGCCAACGGAUCAGAAACCAUCAUCUUUGUUUUCCUCGGCAUCUCGGCCAUCGAUAAGGUUAUCUGGGUUUGGAACACGGGCUUCAUCCUACUCACGCUCCUCUUCGUCUUGGUGUAUAGAUUCAUUGGUGUGUUUUUCCUCACCUGGAUCCUCAACAGGUUCAGGCUGGUGCCCUUGGAGUUUGUAGAUCAGGUGAUUAUGAGCUACGGUGGCCUACGAGGAGCUGUUGCGUAUGGCCUGGCUGUGAUGCUGGAUGAGAAUAAGAUCAAAGAGAAAAACCUGAUGGUCUGCACUACUCUCAUUGUGGUGUACUUCACUGUCAUCUUGCAGGGAAUAACAAUGAAACCUCUGGUCAUGUGGCUUAAAGUAAAGAGAGCUGCAGUGACUGAGGUUUCACUCCUAGAGAAAUUGACAAACAAGAUGUUUAAUCACACUCUGGUUGCCAUAGAAGACAUAUCAGGACAAAUAGGACACAACUACAUGAGGAGCAAGUGGAAGUAUUUUGAGGAAAACUGGAUGUCAUGGAUUUUGAUGAAGCCAUCUGCAAGGAAGAAACAAGACCAACUCCUUGAUGUCUUCCAUCAGCUGAACCUCAAGGAUGCUAUGGAAUAUGUGACUGAAGGUGAGCGGAGGGGCUCUCUGGAGUUUGUCCGUAAUGAAAAUUCCAUUAUUGACUUCAAGAAAAAGUCUGAAAGUGAAUCCUUCGAUAUCAACAAUGCAAAUAUAUCAAAUGAUCAUGGUGUAAUGUCCAAUACGAGAGAUCCCAUUCCAUCAGUGAGCCUGGAAAUGCAUGAGCAGACCAUGAAGGCUGUGAGGGAAGCUGAGGCAAUUAACGCUCACCACCUUCUGGAUCAGCAUCUCUACAAGAGCAGAAAACAGCAUCGGCACAGAUUCAGUCGCAGCCAUUUCGAUAUCAACAGAGAUGAAAAAGAAGUCCAGGAGAUCUUCCAGAGAACCAUGAGGAACCGACUGGAGUCGUUCACGUCUGCAAAAAUGGGCGUCAAACCACCAAAGACGAUUGUCAAGCACACACAAAAAGAACAGCAGCAGAAGAUGCCAAAUGGAAAGUCAAUGGACAAGGCUAAAACCAGCUAUUCUGGUGAUGAGGGCUCAGAGGGAGACAGCGCUUCUGGCUAUGACCAAUCAUACAUGAGAGCCACGUACAGAGCAGGAGCUGGGAUUGAGAACCCAGCCUUCAUGCCGGACCUGGACCCCAUGGAUUUGUUGCAGAUUCCGCCUUGGCUUGCGGAGAGUGAGCUCGACAGCAGCAUGGUGGCUCUAUCACAUCGAGCUCAGGUGGGUUUGCCAAGGACCCCAAGCAACCUGCGCCGCCUGGCCCCUCUUCGCAUCAGCACUCGCUCCACUGACUCCUUCACACUGGAGAACAUUCCUGACACACAGCAGAUGGACAGUGAUCAAUUGCCACCGCCCCCUCCUCCUCGUCCUCCCAGAGACGAUGGCUACGUGUAGCUGGAUCCCAGCCCAAACACUCGACUCUGCCUCACUUGAAUCUGGCUGCCAAAGAAACUAAACUCAGAAUGUUUAACCGUGUACUCUAAGAAUAUUGACUAGGAAAUAUUUUCUUUUCCAUUUAUGUGAUUAACCUUAACUCCCGUGUUUCUAUACAAAACACUGACAGUUUCAUGACCUGCGUGUUCUUCAGACUGCUCCUGUUUUUGUUUUAGGUUCACGCUUCACUGGGCAAAAGACAACUGCACUUAGAACAAGGCAUGUUAUUCACAGGGCACAUAGAGCACUGUUAAAUAUUUAAAUAUUGUCCUGUGGCUCAACGUUGACAUGCAAUUGAAAAUCAUUACUUAAGGUUGUUUUCCCUUUAAUGUGAUGCAACAAACUGAAGCAAAAACAAAAAAAACUCCAAAUAUAGACCUAAAUUUUGUUUAGGUCUCAAUAAUAAAAAAAUAGGAUUUAAAAUAAUAACGAUUGAAAAUUGAUUCUGAAUCAAUAAUCUGAACACAUGCUUGUGUUUUUCCUCAGAAUUGCAACUGAGGUUAAAUAAUAAACUUGAAUAAUAAAACAGUUGUAGAAAUGUCACAUAUAUGAUGAGGCAAUAUAUUUAUUUGUGAAUCUAGUGCAUCUUGAAUAUAUUACUAGACUGUAAUCAUUUAAAUAUGGAUUUAAAAAGAGAAAUUGUAUUUGUUUUGUUUCUGUGGAGUCAGUCAAAAAAAGAAAAAUCCAAACUAAAGCAGAAAAAGAUGCAUCCAGAGAUAUUUAAUCAACUCUUUCUAAAUCACAAA